AGCAUGAAUAGGAACCACCCAGAUAAUGUGUGAAGAAGUUCAAUUGAAGAUUAUGGAUGAAGAAACAUAAUUCAAAACUGUGGCAUAAUAACAGAGUAUAGAUAAUGAAGCUGAAAAGAUAGAGGCAUUUGAUGUGAGAAACCAACUUUAUCCAAUCCUUCUCCUUCCCUCUCUAAGGUCAACAGAGCCACUAAUAAUGAACUUCUCAAGUCAACAAGAGCCAAAAUUCACAGCAGAGGGAGGGAAAAGCAAAAGAAAAGUGGGGUUAAAAUGGAGCUCAUGAGUUAAGCAAAUCCGUUGACUAGUCUCCCAUAAGCAUUUCCACGAAAUCACGAUCACACUUCCUUUCCAUUUUCCAUUCCCUCUCCCAUAACGAUUCAUCUCUCUCUCUCUCUUUCUCUCUCUCAACUUCACUCAGUCAAUCAAUCAUUCCACCCCGUCCAUGGACCACGCUUUCCAAGCCAUCGUCGCUGCCAUAGGUAGCUUCUUCGUCGUCACGCUUCUCCUCGCCGGCGUCAUCAUCCUCUGCCAGCAGUACCGCAACUCCUCCAAAGCCCGCACCCGCGCCAUUCAGAGAUCAACUCGACCCGCCCCCGCCCCCGAUGCCUCUUUCUCUCUAGCCGUUGUCGACGCCAGCUGGUCCUCCGACCCCAACCUCAUCAAGAUCACGUGGGAGGAGCUCGCCGUCGCCACCGAAAACUUCUCCCCGCACCUCAUCGUCGGCGACGGCAGCUUCGGCCUCGUCUACAAGGCCCGCCUCUCCACCAACGCCCUCGUCGCCGUCAAGAAGCUCUCCCCUGACGCCUUCCAGGGUUUCCGCGAGUUCCGGGCGGAGAUGGAAACCCUAAGCAAGCUUAACCACCCAAACAUCGUCAGAAUCCUCGGGUACUGGGCCUCCGGCCCGGAACGCUUACUCGUCUAUGAAUUCAUCGAAAAGGGAAACCUCGAUCAGUGGCUCCACGAGCCCGAUGUCUCCCGCUCCCCCCUGCCCUGGGAAACUCGAGUCAACAUCAUACGCGGCGUGGCCCAUGGGCUUUCCUACCUCCACGGGCUCGAGAAACCCGUCAUUCAUCGCGACAUAAAGGCCAGCAACAUCUUGCUGGACUCCAAGUUUCAGGCCCACAUCGCUGACUUUGGGCUUGCCCGCAGGAUGGAUAAAACGCACUCCCACGUUUCGACGCAGUUCGCCGGCACUAUGGGGUACAUGCCGCCCGAGUACAUUGAAGGGUCGAAUGUGGCGAACACGAAGGUGGAUGUGUAUAGUUUUGGGAUUUUGAUGAUAGAGACGAUGUCGAGUCACCGGCCCAAUUUGCCAAUGAAAUUGGGCCAGAGUGACAUUGGGAUGGUCCAGUGGGCGAGGAAGAUGAAGGAGCAAAAUGCAGAGAUGGAGAUGGUUGAUGUGAAUAUUUCAAGAGAAGGGUUGAGUGAGGAAAGUGUGAGGGAGUAUGUGCGCAUAGCUUGUGAGUGUACCAGUCAAAUGCAGAAGGAAAGACCUUCAAUGCCAGAAGUUGUAGAAUGGUUGGAUUCCACGCCUCUCAAACUUUUCAUCACAUCAUAAUCAUGUAAAUACCUACUACUCCUACUACACUCACCCCCCCCCCC